UUGCAUUCCUCUGACAGUUUCUAUGUUUUAUACCCCGUUAUUGGAUUCCCCUGCGUGGAACACAGACAAACCAUUUGGUGUUUGGAAGGAGAAAUUGGUUAAUGGUCGUGAUAAACGUUUAGAAAGCCUCCUGUUUUGGUCGUCUUUAUUUCUUGACCAUGCACCUGAGCGUACACACAGUCCUCUUCCUGCUGGUGACCCACCCACCUGUUCCUGAUGUGGUUAUGGGGUUGCAGGGGGGCAGAGCGCAGCGCAGACAGAGACAGGUAGAGGCCAGUCUGAGGCCGUAUAUCGGCAGGGUGGACCCAGCCAAGUUGUGUGAGUUGCUGAAAUGCCGCAGUCCGAUAGGCUCCUGGUGUCAGGUGGUUCCAGAGCACGGCCUUCUGGUCCCCAAGUGUGUGUGUCCCCAGACCUGCCCCAGGAAGAGGGCGCCAGUGUGUAGCGUUCUAGGGAAGACAUACUGGAACGAGUGUCUGCUGCAUGAAGAAGCCUGUCGCAAGAGACGCCGCAUAGGACUGGCGCACGCCGGACCUUGUCUGGUUCCACAGGCAAACUGCACAGAGGAGGAGUUUGGUCAGUUCCCGUACCGCCUCUUGGAUUGGUUCCUCCUGCUGAGUCGCAUGGGCAAGUCUUACACCCCCGCGGCGCCUCCCCAAAGCUGCCUCAGCCACGCCCGGAGGACGGAACUAGCCCAGAGGAGGUUUAUCUUGCUGGACAGGAACAGGGAUGGUAAGCUGAGCAGAAGAGACCUCAGGAAACUGCGCUACAAGAGGAUGCCUCUGGAGCACUGCGCUACAGACUUCUUUAAGUCAUGUGACCAGAACAGGAACAGGAAGGUUACUCUGCGAGAGUGGACUUCCUGUCUGGUGGAUCGCUCUGAGACCUGGUUCCACAGCUACAUGUCCAUGAAGAUGGGCUCUCACAGGCUGUGUCCUCUGGCCACCUACAGUCACCUCUGACAUGGAUCUUGUCACGUCUCCGCUCCCCCUGCUGGUGCAUCAGUCUGUCCCUGCUGUUCCAUGCUCUCAGCGUUACCAACACCCCCGUCAACGCGCAUCUCCACUCGCACACACGCACAUCACACACAUCCACGCGACGCCCCCUAGCACUUACGAUUGGUUCUACACGGUAUCGAGAGGGAUUCAUGACAUCGUCUGUUUUUCGAAAAGUCCUCUGUAUGUUUUGUUUGUGUGGGGAUUUGGCCUGUAAUAAAUGUGUGUGGGAGAUCUGUCGUA